AUGCAGUCCGGUGGCGUAGAUGACGACGAUGAAAAGAUCAUCGCAACCAUCGACGAUAUCAUAAUGAAAGCAUUAACUGCAGCGAGACGUGAAGCCGAUGCUCUCAGGUUACAGCAACAUGCACAGAUUGCUGAGCUAAACGACCUCAGGCAGGAUAUCGAACGA